AUUUUUCCUAUAAAAACACAAGCACUUGCACAACAGAUAAACAAAAAGAAAUCAUAUCAUCGAAAAGAGAGAGAAAUGGCAACAGUGGGUGGAGUUACCGAGGUUGAAGGAAACGCCAAUAGUCUGGAGAUCGAAACCCUCGCUCGUUUUGCCGUCGACGAACACAACAAGAAGGAGAAUGCGAUGCUGGAGUAUAAGAAAGUGGUGAACGUAAAGCAGCAAGUGGUUGCUGGAACUAUCUACUACAUAACAAUGGAGGUAAUGGAUGGUGACAAGAAGCAAAUUUAUGAAGCCAAGGUGUGGGAGAAGCCUUGGAUAAAUUUCAAGGAGUUGCAAGAUUUCAAGCUUAUUGGUGAUGCCCCUGCCGAUUGCGCCAGCGCUUAGGGGAUGGCUUUAUGUUGACAAUUUCAAUGGAUAAGAUUUGGAGGGGGGACAAUUGAGGAAAUGAGUUAUUUGUUAAGCCCCACGAUAGGUGAAACUGAGGUAUAGUGCCGGUAUAGGUAUUACUAAACCCAACAAUCUUUCCAUAAAUCUGUGUGCCUAACACAUAUGGUUUUGAUAGUGUUAUUUGAAACCUAAAGUAAACCAUUUAGAAAGAAAGAAAGUAACCUUGUCUAGAAAUCUACUGCAAUCUAGUGCUGUUGUGAUAAAGGUGGACCAUAUGAUGUUCUUACUUAUUCUUCUAUUGUAAUUGUCUCAACUUUAUGUAGCAUUAGAGACUAAUAUCCAUAUUUAUGUACAUACCCACAAAGUUACAUCACUUCUUGCUUGUCUGUUUUCCUUCUGUACUUGGGGAAUCUGGUAUGUUCUUAAUGGUCAUUGCAUAGGCCUGCAGGUCUGGUUUUAUUAGUAAUACUAUCGUCUUUGUU